AUGGCACGGGCUCCGGGCCGCGCUGGCCCUGGAUUCUACUAUGUGGUCAUUCCUGCAAAGCCAGAGGACAAGAUGCACCAGGUCUACCACCCCGAAAGAUCGGUGCGGUACGACGACCUGAGCUUCAUCAGAAAGGUGAGAGAGAUUCUAUUGCCCGAGGCUCAGGCUCCUUGCCUGGACGAGUAUCGGGAAAAUCUGCUCAAGGAUUUGUUCGACUUCUCCAGCGAGCCACAGGACAAUGACCGAGUGAGGCGCGGUGUCAAGGAGGAGAAGGACAGAGUAGAAGAUGCCUUGCAAAAGAUUGGGGACGACCAGCUGGAGCUCUUGCAGUCCAUGACCUCCCUCAAGGGUGUCACUUUGGUGGAUCCAUCCAAAACUCCUGACAACAAGGGAGUCUUCAUGUUUUACGCGAGCGACCCUGACAAUCCCGUUAACUCACGUGCCAUCGACCUAUGUUGGACGGCCGGGCUUCCGCCGGAGGAGGUGCGGGGCACCUGCGUUCUCUCGCGCACUGAGGAAGUUGUUGAGGAGUUUUGCCGCGAUCCGACCUGGCGCCGCUGUGAUUUCACCCUAGAUGAUUGCGCCUCUCAUGCUGCGUGGCUCCAGGAAGCUCGUCAACGUCGAGUUGAGUCGGGCCAGAAGCGAGAGGAUGAUUCGAGAUGGUUCGCCAACUUAGCCGAUUGUGAAGCACCAAUGCCGGGCGGAGCGAUCGACGGAGCAGUUUGGAAACAAAGCGACGACGAGAUCGACAUUUCCUUCGAUGCAGGACCUUUCGCAGGAAUCCGUGCGACGAGACGAGACAUCAAUGUGCAGUACACAAGGAGGACCCUGUUCGUGCGAUUACGAGGUCGAGUCCUGUGCAAUGCAGAGCUGGCUGGUGAGGUUGAUCCCCAAGGCUGCUGCUGGACGUUUGACCGCGAUCGAUAUGCCUUGCAGGUGACGCUGUGCAAGUCGAACGCGACGGUGUGGGAGCAACUAAUUCGACGCGAAGUCAGGCCUGGCGAGGCAUCAUGCCCCAAAACCGUGCUCAUCACAUCGUCGGAACAAACGGACGAUGGGCAGAAGGAAGUGCAAAGCAACUUCCCAAGCUGUGCUGCUUUGGAGAGAAGUGGAAGGAUAUCGAAGAGCUUGUUGAUCGGCAGAAGACAAGGUUCUGCUGAGGGACGCCGGGGUACGUGCAUGAAAUUCGUUGUGUGCAUCUGCAUUUUGUUCUGCCUUGUGUUGCAGUUGCAACCUCUCCUGGAAAAGUUUUCAGUGCAGUGCACUGCGUCUACCAGCGACCAGGAAGUUGCAGCAAGCAAGCCGCUUUUCGGCUGGCCUUGA